GCGAACCAAACACGGCGAGGAUAAAGCAAGAUGGCGUCUGACGGUGAAGACAGUUCAGUGUUCUUAAUCUGUGCCUCCAUGUACACAUAUAUGUCCUUUAUUACACUCUAGUAAAUAGAGUAAACAUCGUUAAUAACUGUUUGCAUCCGGUUAUAUUAGUCUGAGCGCACUUUGAUGCUUAUCCAGCUAGCUUAGCUUGCUAGUUAGCUUAGCUAGUUAGCUGCUAAAAAAGAGAGGCGGAAGUGAUCAAAACACAUCGCUAAGCAGAGAUCAAGUGUGAGUGUAAAGUGUUGUGAUUGUGUGAAAAUGUGCGAAAGAACCAUAGCAGAGUACGAGGAGGAACUUUGUCCAACAAAAGAGGAGAAGGAGCGACAACAUCAAAAACAUCAAGUUGUGUUACACAGAACAGACAUCCAUCAGCUGAUUGGACACCAAGAAGAAUGUCUCCCUCAUCUGCAGGGGGACAGUUUCACUUCAGAGUAUCCACAGCCCUCACAUCUUAAAGGGAACAAGGAGGAUCCGCAGCCAUCUUAUUUUAAAGAGGAAGAGGAGGGAGAGUGUCCUGUAGGGCAGGAGGAGGCUGAUCUCAGCAAGUUUCCACUGACUGUUGUCUCUGUGAAGACUGAAGAGCAUGAAGACAAACCACCUGAGUCCUCACAGCUUCAUCACAGUCCAAACAUCUGUGAAGAACAUCUUCACCCUGAGCAACAGAAGUGGAGCUUCAGGAUGCGGGCGGAGGAGCUACAGCCCCCACACAUAAAGAAGGAAGUGGAACACUCACUGAUCCCCCAAUUUAAAGAGAAAGAGGAGGACACAUUGACACCCCAUUUUAAAGAGGAAGAGGUGGAUCAACUGAUCCCUCACAUAAAGGAGGAAGAUGAGGACCCACUGAGCCCUCACAUUAAAGAGGAAGAGGAGGAACACAGCAUCAGUCAGCAGGGAGAGCAUCUUGUAGGACUGGAGGAGUUCGCAGUGAUUAGUGUGAUUGUGAAGAGUGAAGAUGAUGAGGUCAAAGGUGAGAGUGAGGAGAGGGGAGGGGGGGAGCCUCCAAGCAGCAGCUCAACUCAACACAUGACAACAGAAGCUGAUGGAGACCACUGUGGAGGAUCACAAGCAGACAAGCUCUUAGCUCCACUAUCAGAUAGUGAGGACACAACGUCACACUCUCCUGACACUGAUGAUGAAGACUCUAAAGAUAAUAAGACAUGUCACACUGACAACACACACUUCACAUGUUCUCUCUGUGACAAAACGUUUAAAUACCAUAGUGAUCUGAAAACACACAUGAGAAGACACACUAGAGACAAACCUUUUACCUGUUCAAUCUGUAGUAAAGCUUUUGCACAAAGUAACAAUUUGAAAGUGCACAUGAGAACACACACUGGUGAAAAACCUUUUUCAUGUUCAAUCUGUGGUAAAGGGUUUACAGAAAGUCAGAAUUUGAAAGUACACAUGAGAAUACACACUGGUGAAAAACCCUUUUCUUGUUCAAUCUGUGGUAAAGAUUUUACUCAAAGGCAGGAUUUGAAUGCACACAUGAGAAUACACACUGGUGAAAAACCUUUUUCCUGCUCAGAAUGUGCUAAAAGUUUUGUAAGAAGUCAACAUUUAAAUGCACACAUGAGAACACACACUGGAGAAAAACCUUUUUCAUGUUCUAUCUGCGGUAAAGAUUUUACUCGAAGGGACCAUUUCAAAACACACAUGAGUACACACACUGGAGAAAAGCCUUAUAAAUGUUCAGUAUGUUGUAAAAGUUUUAUACAAAGACAGCAUUUGAAAAGACACAUGAUAACACACACUGGAGAAAAACCUUUUCCAUGUUCAAUCUGCGGUAAAGAUUUUACUCAAAAGCACCAUUUCAAAGCACACAUGGGUACACACACUGGAGAAAACCCUUAAACAUGUCCAGUAAGUUGCAACAGUUUUAUACAAAGUCCGUAUUUUGAGAACACUUACAGGUGAGAAAGUGUUGAGUUGCAAUGUGUGUGGUGAAAGAUUCUCUUCUAAGUCCCAGUGUAAGAAACACAAGUGUGCUGGUGAGAACAGCAGCAGCAAAUGAAGAUGCAGGAUUUGAAAUAAACUGUCAAAACUUCUAACAACAUCAGCACAUAUAUUCUAACAUUUAUAGAUUACAUAUUUCAAAUGAUUGCUUUUUUUCAGGCAACUACAGGUGUUCCGUUUUCCCCACGGAAAGGGCAACCAAGUGUGCACAGAUUAUUACUCAAGAUUUCCAGUGUGUAUAUUUUUCAUUUAUUUAUUUUCCAAGCAGGAGAACAGCAGCAGUAGUUGUUAUUAUUUGGUGGCUGGUUCUUAGUUGGUUAGUUAGUUUUGGUCAAUCAGUUAGUUAGGUAAUAAAUCUGUAAGGAAGAAUUCAGUGCAUCAUUUUCGUACCAAAAUCAAUGCCCUUACUAAUAAAUAAUAAUAAUAAUACUAAUCAAUAUCUAUAAUAAAUAUCAACCAUUUAUAAACUCAUGUUGAUCAUAUACAAUACAAUUAUAAUAAAGGGAUAUCAUUCAUGAGCACGUUUCAUCUAUCAAACAUUCUAUUUACCAUUUACAAGCCUCUGUAAAGUGCAUUUUAGUAAAUGACUACAACUCCCAAAAUGCACCACGGCAAACCAGGAAGUAGCGAUACCUACGCUAAGACAGGUGCCGCGAUAAACAAACAUUUAUCUAAGCGCCCGGAGCUACAAGAGCGUUAUAGUGGAGUUUAAAAAGCAGCGGACACAACAUAAUACAGAUGAGCAUGGUGACAACAUAAAACAAAGCAAACGGGAACUUACCGAGACUGAAUGAACUGCGACGCCAUUUUUAACAGUCCUGACGCCGAUCAGCUGGGCCUCUCUUAAAGAGACACUUCGGUUUUAGACUGCUGAUCCUCAACUCAGUUUUAUUUAAACUUAGCAUCCGAUCUAAAACACAUAAACAAACCCACAAACAAAACAUGUUUUAAUAUACAACAUUGUGUACUUUUAUUUAACAAUGAACACAACACUUCGACUGUAAAUGUAAGGCAGUAGCCUGUUAAUGUAUAAGACAGUACCUCUUUAUGAGCACUGGAUGUCGCUAUUCUGUUGAUUUUUACCUGUGGGUUCAGCACACCUCACCUUUUUGUCCCUCAGUGGACACCAUAGUCUAGGCGCCAUCUUUGACAAUGUUUUUUUUUUCCACUGAAAAGGGGAGACUUGUUUUAUGACUGUCUGAACACUUUAUAAGAUAUUAGAGUUAAAAAUGCCCAUCCAGCGAAUUUGUUGCAAUACAGUGUUAGCUAAGGUGUUUACUUACAUUUUGAUGUGUUUUGAAGAAAUGUGCAAUUCCGUUUUUGUACUUAAAUGUUUGAUGUAAGUUGGCCAGUGUGAUUAACAAUUAGUAGAGUCUGAAUUGAAUGGGGUUGUGAAGGAUGGCUUUUUUACAUGUCUAUUCUGGUCACUGUGUUUGAACUACUGAUUUGUGAUUUAUUGUUAUUUAGCAUUUGGGCAUAUUGAAUAUGAGAAAGAUUUAUAUAUUUUUGUUGACAUAUGUUAAUGUGUUCUUUUGCAUUGAGACACAUUUGUAAAGGAGAAUGUUUUUCUUUUCCACUGAAAAGCUUAAUGACCAGAGCCAGAGAGGACCACUACUGUGAGCAAAUAAAUGCCACAAGGUCUCAUCCACAAUCCAGAACCACUGUGUCCAGUGUCCAAUCUCUCCGCACAACAACCCACCUUAUAAACACUAAAAACACAACGCACAGUCCAAGGGUGUGUCGAGAGGCAGUGACAUUGUGGGUUACAUAAAGAUGAGAAUAAACAGGACAAAACAUGUUACAAAUACUUUUUUGUGUCUUUAGAGAUAUUCAGAAAUAAUUUGUAAUAAUAAUGAUGUUAUAGAUGAACUCCUUUACAUGAUGUACAUAUUUGUUUUACAUGUGUUCAUACCUUUGCUUUUGAGUACACAUAAAUCCCUCUUAGUUCAUAUUUACUGGUUCACAUCUGAAACAUCUUCUGGACCACUUCUGGAAGCAUAUUAUUAUUUACUUUAUACAUCAUUUCAGCAGUUGUCUUUUAUACAAGAUCAUUUACUUUUAAAGUGU